AUAAAAUCAAAUUCUAAAUUUAAUAAAAAUUAGAUUUAUAAGUGUUUUUAAAAUAGUGUUGCACCAUGGAAGAUAUUUUACUCCGAGAUAAUAAUAUUUUUUAUAAUAUACUUUGCUUUUUGAUAACUGAAAAUGAGAAAUUAUUCGAUAGGAGUGAUUCCAAAUUAUACUGGACCACUGUUUACCAUCUUUUUGGGGUUCUGCAUCAUAUUUACAUGUCUGUUUUCGCUGCUGGUCUAGAACUAAAAAGUAGUCCUAUAGUGGAGUUUGACAAUUUGUAUAGGUUUCGGGCUGGAUAUCUGACUGGCUGGAAUUUCAUGUUCCAAACGAUCUUCCUAACCAUGUCGCUGGCAUACGACAUGCUGGAGUGGUUCGACCGUCACGACACCGCGCUCGGGAGGAAACUCAAGUUCUGCAGGGACGUCAUGUUCUCAGGGCUGGUCGUGCCUCUGACCUUGUUCAUAUCAUCGAUGUUCUGGACGCUCUUCUGGAUCGACCGCGAGUUGGUCUUCCCCGAAGUGUACGACCAGCUGGUACCCUGGUGGUUUAACCACUGCGUGCACACCAACAUCGCGAUCGUGGUGCUCAUCGAGACCCUCAUGGUCUCCAGGAGACACCCCACGCACUUCAAGUUGGAGCUGUUCAUGAAUGGGACUGCAGGAGUGCUGUAUGCUAUUGUAUACUACUCCAUCUACUUCUUCGCCAACCGCUGGCUGUACGGCGUCUUCGGCAUCAUGACCUGGUGGCAGGUCUGCCUCUACCAGAUCCUCAUCUGGACCUCCACCUUCGUGUUCUACUUCAUCCAGUUUCCAAUCAACAGGAUCUUCCAUCGUGAGGAGUCCAAUGAACAGAAGUACAUGGUCACCGAAGUCAAGAAGGGAAUCCCAAACGCUGGUUUUAAAGAAGAAGACAGUUGGAUCAAGCACAGAACGAAGAGAACAGAGAAUUCUAGCUUUUGAUUGACUAGUUUUUAGAUUUAAAGAAGGAAAGUGAAGUUUGAAGUGAAGAAUAAUGGUGCUGAUUCUAUUGCGUGGUGGUAAACUUUUAAUUCAUCGGUAUCCCUUGCCCUUUGAGGUUCAUUUAGAAGAGGAUAGUAAUAUGGACUUAAAUGUUAUGGAUAAUAGAAGGUAACUUGAAUCAAAUUAAGUUGCUUUUUGGGUACUCUUCUGUAUCUCUGUGGGGAAAAGAGAUGAGACUACCCCGUUUAGUGCGCUGCCCUUCUUCCACAUCUUCAAUUGUUUAAUUUUAACAAGUGGUGGUAUGAUUACAAUUGCAGUCUGUUUCACAAUCUUUAUUCGAAAACAUACCAAAGUUUUAAUUUGAUAAAGUUGGCUUACAAAUGAAUCAGCGUCAUUGUCGAUUUUGGACCAAAAUAAUUGUAUUUUUAGGGCAAGUAAGUAAAUGGUUUAGCUAUAAGACUUGUGCUUAACAGUUUUCCACAUCUGUGGAUUCAAGUCUUUAUAGAGUUUCUAUAUUAAAAUAGAUCACACAGCCGAACUGCUCAAAAGAGGUUGAAAAAAAAAGUUUGACUGAGUUCCUAUUUUUCAUACAUAUCCAAUAAACUUUUGUGAAACUUAUCAAUAAUCUUAUCAUGAACUGCUUGUCUAUGAUAAUUGGAGAUAUAUAAAUGCUGGCCAUUUUAAAUUUAUAAUCUUCUAGUAACAGAUUUUUGGAAAGUUAAAGAUGUUUUGAAAAUACAAAAGACAGUCAAUAAAAACGAAAAAAAACAGUCAUAUUAUACUUUCUCAAGUUUAAAAUUUGAUCCGAAAAUAAAUAAAUAUUAUUCCAAAGGUAAUAUUUGGUUUAGGCUAAGAAUAGUUAAGAAAAUGCUUUAAAAUUACGAAAAUAUGAAAUAAAUCUAUUUUAAAUGUAAU